AUGAACACUGUGACAGCGAUAGCAGGAAUGACAUCGUCACGCGGGCGAUGCCACACGUUCGACCGCCAGGCUGAUGGAUACUGCCGUGGUGAGGGUUGUGGGGCUUAUCUACUUGCACUUGACUCUGGGAAUAAUGCUCUUUUGGGCUCGGCGGUGGGUGCCGCGGUUGGAGUUUUGCAUGGUCCAACAGAAGGCGCCGAGCUUGCGUUUUCAGUCCAAUGUGCAUCUCUGAAAUCAAAUAUUGGUCACUUGGAGGCGUCUGCAGCCGCGGCGGGUCUGGCUUCUGUAUUGCUCACAUGUCUCGGCACGUCGGGGGUGACUGCGAACGCGCACUUAAAACGGUCGCUUGGCUGCAUUUCAGUUAAACGCACACUUGUCCUCGACUGUAGCUGCGUCGUCUUUUGUGGUGCCUGUGGAACUGGUUGGCUCUUUGACACGCCCACUAUUGAGUCUUUAGCACCUCAUUUCAUGGCUUUGUGUAGUGUUAGCUAUUCGAAGGUCAAAACGAUUAUCGAGAAGACUUUGCGACGAUACACAGCGUCACCUAUCGACAUGCGUGACGGGCUUUGCAAACAUUUUGAAUUGAAUUUGAACUCGCGAGAGCUGGAUGAAAUACGGACGCGGCUCAGACUACCUGGUGGGUCUAUUUGGAUCAUCGCACUCAAUUUUGCUGCUUCCAGAUUGGCACUUGUUACUAUUUCAAAACAAUUAAGAUCGUGCAACUCAAAAUCAAAAGCCGCAAACCGACGAAUAUGGACACAAGGUGGUAGCUUGGCUACAGAUUCUCAGAAUGUCAUUGCCAAUAAUUAUGCUCUAAGCGCCAGACUUGGUCCUGCCCAUCAAAAAUUAUUUUGGGUCUAUGUGCGCACGCUCAUCACACUAUCAAAAACUAAUUCUGGGGAUGAACACGUGAAGCUCGAGCGGUCAGUCGAACAUGGAGACGAGCUGCUACGGGACAUAGGAUCAACCCACGUCCUCGAGGAAUAUGCGGGGAUGGUUGCACCUAAAUACAAGAAUAUGAUGCAUCGUAUGGAUCAUGCUCUGCGACAAAAGGACAUUGAGUUGCGAUCUUUUCGACGGCUGACGAUUCUGAUGACGUCUAUGGAUGGAUCAACCUAUUGCACAACUGAGCCAUAUCAAAGGGGUCUUGCAUUUUCAAGGGGGAAUGUCGGACGGGUGGAUACAGGUGAAGUCAUCCCACUCCUACUCUUCGCACACGGAGGAGGCUACAACCGAGGCAUUUGGACAUUGGUAUUGCGCGAACUUCAAAACAACUCACAUGAGCUUGUGCAUUGCUGCGAAGUCAUAGCAUUUGACUGGACCUCACACGGAUCUUCGCGGCAACUUUCGCCAGUUUUUGACCAAAACGACUGGGGAAAGAUUCUCGCUGGCGACGUUAGAGAACUCCUCGAUGACAUAGGCAGCAUUGGACGACCAACUUAUGGCGUUGGGCAUGGCAUGGGAGGUACUGGGUUUGCUUUGGCAGAGAUCGCAACACCCGGAACUUUCGAUGGCAUCUUGCUCCUCGAGCCAAUGAUAGCACAGCCGCAGGAACCUCCCACUAUUGCAGAGAAGGAGUCGUUAGCCGCAGCCAUAAUGAGUCGUCGUUCAAACCUUGACGAUUGCAAGAGUAAAAGAGAGGUGGCUGACUCCUUGAAGGCGUCAGAAUGUCAAAAUUGGCAAGAUGGCACAGUCGAAGCCUAUGUUUAG